CAAAGCAGACAUCCUCUCCUCAGGCUGUGGCUACGGAACAUCUCAGUUGCUGUGUGGAGAGAUUUGACGGAGGGACACUCCUGUACGUGGACCAUCACUGCGCUUCAUUCGCAUGCACAAUAAUGCCUCGGUGAAAAAUCCGGACCGGGGGAUCACAACGCGCGUGUGAAUAUUUUCUUUCUUCUUGCAUGUCAGGAGAGGAGGAACGGCUCGCCGGCUGCGCGGCUGCUUGUCUUUUCUUACCGUUUCUCUCCCCCCCUCCCAUGUCACUCUAAUUAAUCGGAGGCAUGUGGAAUCGCACCAGGAUUAGGAAUCGCUUCCCAAUAGUGUGCCUGCUGUUGACGUUAUGGACGGAGGUGUCCCAGUCAACCGGCUAUUUCGAGCUGCAGCUGAUCUCCGUGGAGAAUGUAAACGGCGAGUUGGCGGACGGGGAGUGCUGCGAUGGCUCCAGGAACUCCCAGGACCUGCGCUGCACUCGAGACGAGUGCGACACUUACUUCAAAGUGUGCCUGAAGGAGUACCAGACGGAGGUGGCCACCACCGGCUUCUGCACUUUCGGAGCUGGAUCUACGCAAGUUCUCGGUGGAAAUAUGUUUUCUUUUAAAAGCGCCAAGAACAACAAGAUCGACGAGGCUGGCAAGAUUUUGAUCCCCUUCCAGUUUGCGUGGCCGCGGAUGUACACGCUGAUCGUAGAGGCCUGGGACUGGGACAACGGCACACGCAACAACGAAGAAGAGCUGCUGAUCGAGCGCAGCGUUCACACCGGCAUGAUCAACCCCGGCGACCCCUGGCAGACCGAGCUGCACGACGGGCCGGUGGCUCGCCUCGUGUACCGCAUCCGGUUGCGCUGCGACGACAACUACUACGGCAACAAGUGCAACGAGCUGUGCGUCCCGCGCGACGACUACUUCGGCCACUACCGCUGCGACCCCUCGGGGGCCAAGGUGUGCCUGGACGGCUGGAUGGGCCCGGGCUGCAGUACAGCGAUCUGCAAGCAAGGCUGCAACCUGUUGUAUGGCGGCUGCUCUGUUCCGGGCGAAUGCAAGUGUAACUACGGCUGGCAGGGCCAGUUCUGCGAUGAAUGUAUGAUCUAUCCCGGAUGCGUGCACGGGACCUGCAACCUCCCCUGGCAGUGCAAAUGCGAGACGAACUGGGGCGGACUGCUGUGUGAUAAAGAUCUGAACUACUGCGGCAGCCAUCAGCCUUGCAUCAACGGGGGAACCUGCAUGAACACGGAACCAGAUGAAUACCACUGUGCCUGUCCGCAGGGCUACUCCGGAAAGAACUGUCAGAUAGCCGAGCACCCCUGUGUUUCCAAUCCCUGCGCCAACGGUGGUACGUGCCGCGAGGUCCCCGAAGGCUUCGAGUGCCAGUGCCCGCCAGGCUGGGAGGGUCCAACCUGUGCCAACAACAUGAAUGAGUGUGCUUCCAGCCCAUGUGCUCAGGGUGGAACCUGUAUUGACCGGGAGGAUGGCUUCGUGUGCGUGUGCCCCCCACAGUGGGAAGGAAAGACCUGUCAGAUAAAUGCUAAUGAGUGUGCAGGACAGCCCUGUGUGAACGCUUACUCGUGCAAAAAUUUGAUCGGUGGAUAUUACUGCGACUGUUUUCGGGGAUGGUCCGGACAAAACUGUGACAUCAAUGCUAAGGGCUGCCAUGGUCAAUGCCAGAACGGCGCAACAUGCAAGGAUGGGCCGAGGGGUUACCAUUGCCAGUGCCCUCCUGGUUUCGUGGGCACUCACUGUGAAAUCCAGAGGAAUAAAUGCGACAGUGGGCCGUGCCAGAACGGCGGCCAUUGCCACGCAGUGUUGGGCGGCUUCGUGUGCGAAUGCCCACCGGAGUUCGCUGGAAAACUGUGUGAGAUUCGAAGCUGGUCGCCCGCGGACGCUUGCGAUCCGAACCCGUGCGAGAACGGGGCCAAGUGUCACAGCAUGGACCGGGACUUCUACUGCGCGUGUCCCGAAGGCUACGAGGGGAAGACGUGCGAGCGGCUCAAGGAGAGCUGCCUCACCCCACCGUGUCAAGCCAUUGACAGCUGCACCGUUGCCGUGGCGACCAAUGACUCAGCUGGAGUGCGGCAUAUAUCCUCCAACGUCUGCGGUCAGCGAGGGCGCUGCAUCAGCCAGCCAGCUGGCAACUUCACCUGCGUCUGUGAUCCGGGUUUCAGCGGCAUGUACUGUCACGAGAAUAUCAACGACUGCAUCAGCAGCCCCUGCAGAAAUGGAGGGACCUGCAUCGACGGGGUGAACUCCUUUCAGUGCUUCUGUCCGGACGGCUGGGAGGGUCGACUCUGCGACCUCAACGUCAACGAGUGCAGACACAACCCCUGUAAGAACGGCGGACGCUGCGUUGACCUGGUGAACGACUACUACUGCGAGUGUGCCGACAACUGGAAGGGCAAGACCUGCCAUUCCCGCGAGAGCCAGUGCGACGAAACCACCUGCAGCAAUGGAGGCACCUGCUACGACCACGGGGACGCUUUCCGCUGCGCCUGCCCACCUGGUUGGGGAGGAACCACGUGUAACACAGCCAAGAACAGCACCUGCGCCUCCGGUCCCUGUGCCAACGGCGGUACGUGCGUCGGAGGAGGAGACACCUUCACCUGCAUCUGCAAAGAGGGCUGGGAGGGCCCCACAUGCGGACAAAACACAAACGACUGCAACCCUCAUCCAUGUUACAACGGUGGGAUCUGCGUGGACGGAGUCAACUGGUUUCGUUGCGAGUGCGCCCCCGGCUUCGCCGGACCCGACUGCAGAAUCAACAUAAACGAGUGCCAGUCCUCACCCUGUGCCUAUGGAUCCACCUGCGUGGACGAGAUCAACGGUUUCCGGUGCAUCUGUCCGGUUGGUAGAACAGGAGCCCGAUGCCAAGAGUUCAUAGGGAUUGGAAAGACUUGCCACUACGCCGGGCUGCAGUUUCCCCACGGCAGCCGCUGGGAGCAGGAGUGCAACAACUGCCACUGCAUCAAUGGGAAAGUGGAUUGUACAAAGGUGCUGUGCGGCCGUCGUCUCUGCCGGCUCCAGUCUUCAGGCCUGGACCAGAGACAGCACUCCUGCCCGGCUGGACGGGAGUGCCUGGAGCACAGCUACUUCACCUGCUUCUCCCCCCCUUGCCAUCAGUGGGGGGUUUGUUCCAUGGCCGGACCUCCGCCUCCGCAAGCGUCCACCAAGUGCCAGCCGAACAGCGGCCACUUGGACAACAGCUGUGGCCACAUAACGCUCGUUUUCAACCGGGACAAAGUACCUCCGGGAACAACGGUGGAGAAUAUCUGCUCUGAGCUGAGGUAUCUUCCUGACACCCGAAGUUUGGCAAAGGACCAUGCUCUGCUCCUGCUCUGUGACCUCUCUCGUUCGAAUCAGGACGCCGUAGAAGUGGCUAUAUCUUUCCAGCCUGAGGAUCUACCGGACCACAGCCUGAUCCAGGAGGCGGCCGGCGCCAUCGUGGGCACCCUGUCGAAGCGGCACAACAGCACCAUAAUGCUGGCAGUGAUCGAGGUCAAAGUGGAAACGCAGGUCAUGCUCCGUUCAGUGGCAGAUUACCUGGUGCCUCUGUGCGUCGUCUUCUGCUUGCUCUGCCUCUUUUGCAUCAUCGUGUGCGUCUGGUGGACGCGCAAGCGGAGAAAAGAGCGCGAGAGGCGCGCACGAUCGGCCGCCGACGACAGCGUGAACAACCAGUGGGAGCCGCUACGGAUCGUUGUGGGACGUCAGCAGCAGCAGCAGCAGCAGCAGCAGCUGAAGGAAAGCAACAGGGAGGCCGAGCAGGAGCGCAAAAAGCUCAUGGGCCCCUCCUAUCGGACGUGUGAUGAGGAGGAGGAGACGGAGGAGGAGACGGAGGAGGAGACGGAGGGCGAGCUUGAGCUCGAGGAGUGCGGUGGAGCGGAGGCGGGAAAGCAGCUAGUUUAUAAGUACUCUAAGACUGCAGUGCAGUCCAGUGGGGGAGUGAUCUGUACUCUGCACAGCUCCAGUUCACCCCUCAAAGCACCACACCGGACCCCAGGCUACAGCCCCAAAGACAACCGCUGGAAAAAUGUCAGUGCCGUCUUGACUGGUCGGAAAGACCUCAGAGACCAUUGUGUAUAAGAAAUUCAAAGGAAAGACUCGAUUUUUUCGAAGCAAGAGAAGCUGCGAGGCAGCGACUAUUCUUAGUUUUGUGACUACUUUUGGAAAGAAAAAAAGGCUUUGUGUUUUAAUAAGCCAUUCUUUGUUUUCAUGUUUUUUGUCACUGUCACCUGAAAUGAUUUUUUUUUUUUUUUAAUUUUAAUUCAGGAGACUAGAGCACAGUGGACAUCCUUCUUUUUUUUUUUUUUUUUUUUUGCUUCUGUUCUCUUAUUUUUCUUUAAUUGUGUACAGAAGGAGCUGAAUUGUAACAGGAGUCAAAAGCAGCUCUCUGCAAAAAAAUGUUUUGUUUAUGGAGUUUAAGAAAUGGUGAAUCAUCGAAAUGGAGAGAGAAAAAAAAAAUACAACCUGUAUAAAGAUUUUUGUUUGUUUACAGAUGAUUAUGAUUUUGUUAAAUCGUUAGUAGGCUCCUGUUCAGUGUCUAUGGGGUCAGAUUCUCACACUAAAGGGACAGUGGAGGGAAAUGGACUGUUGCGUCCUACAGUAACGGAGGCGAACCCUCCCUUUGCUCUGUCACCUUCCAGCUUUGCCCACACCGGUCCACCCGUGGCCGUCAUGCGCCAGCCUUACCAAAACACUCGGCCUGGAGGGGGGAGAGGGGACGGAAACCCCAGUGCCUACUAUGUGGCCUUCCAUGUUUUUUCUCCUGUCUCUCAGUUGUCUUGGCUGAAAGCUCUGUUUGAGGAUUUUUCUGCAGUAUUUGAGUUGGUAGCAAGUGCCUUUCCAAGAGCCGUGUUCGGGCUCCGAGUCGCGCUGCCCAGUUUGACCUCCUUGUUCUCAAAUCUCAAAGGGAUAUGUGUACAUUUAGAGUUCAAUGUCACAGCAACGCCAUUUAAGGUAUUUGAUCAAAGCAGAAAUGAAUACUCUGUACAUACGUGUAAAUACUAAAGGAGUCGCUGUGUAUAUUUGAAAUAAGUAACUUAAAGUCACACAUUUUUAUUAUUAUUAUUAUUGUUAUUAUUAUUAAUAUUAUUUUUAUUUUUUUUACAAUGCCAUUCCUUUUAUUUAUGCCAGUCGAAAACAGGCAGGUUUUAUAACACUUAAUAUCCAAAAGUCCCACAGUUAUGAACCUUUUACAGUGAGGUACCACCUAUGAAGGAAUUUCUGAAGGGUUUAUAAAUGGUUUGUCGGAGGGAUGCAUUUUCCUUUUUUUGUGGCGACGGUUUCUUUACCACUUUUCGUUACGCGAAAGGGCCGAGGCGUCACUACUUCACAUUAUAACUUGGAAGAAUAAUAAAGCAGGAUUUCAUCUUUAAAAUUCCUUCAUAUUGCAGUUUUAUUUCAACCAAUUUUCCAAAAAAUCAAGGAUCCGCAGUACGACGGCGUAGAUUUCCUCGCAGAACAGAAACCACUUUUUAAAACAGGUCAUGUUAGUUCAAAUUAUUUUACAGCAUGCAAAAAAAACAAACAAAAAAAAAAAAGGGCUACUCCUCUAAUAUUUCUGUCGUGUUUUUAGCCACUGACAGAUAAUUACAAAUCACAAAAAAGGGGCAUGGCCAAAAGGCGCCGCUUGCUCCAGAUGUGCUGUUUACACUUUAAUUGGUUUCACUUUCAAUUUGUUGUCCGGUUGAGAUUUGGUUUAAAAGAUGAGGGUGGCUAGUUAGUGCUUAGAAGUUGCCAACAUUACAGCCUUAAAAAGUUCUCAAACCAUUUCUAAACCCAUCACAAACCCUUUUGUUUCAGGUGCCUUAGUGUAACGCAUUAUUUAUGUUUAUCAGCGGUCAUCUUUUUUUUUUUUUUUUUUAUGUUGUUCGUUUGUAGUAACUCUUUAAAACAUUGUUUUAUUCACACGAGUAAAGCACGCUCCUUAUCUCACUUUGAUAUCAUUGAGAUUUCCUGGAGUAAAAUAAAACUGACGAAGGGUUAAAAAAAAAUUUAAAAAGUCCACCAUGGCAGUUUUUGAGCGCUGUGAAUGUGGACGUUAGUGGGUUCAAAUGUGGACGUCAUGCAUUGGCUUCAUCUUUGGUUUAAAGGCUUUAAUGAAGGGAACAACGUUUGCAGAUGCAGAUUUUUUCUUUUUGUCUAUUUUGCUAUCGUGCAAAAAUAUGUUUCAAGUUACCAACUCAGUUGAAAAGUUUUACCCUUUUUUCAUAUCAUGUUCCUGUCAAAAAAAAAUCCCCCCCACCCCACUCACUGUAUUUCUGUAAAUGGGACACAGCAAAAAUAAAAGAAUUAAAGCUGCAUCGCUGCUGGUGUUAAAAGCUGAAUAUGCAUAUUGUAUACAUUUUACUGUACAAGGGACGUUAAGUUAAAUUUUGUACAAAGUAAAAAAAACAAAAAAAAAAACAACAAAAAAAACAAAUGUUUCCAUUCUUUUAGUGGCUGUUUCGUUGUUCCAAAUAAUCAUCCUACUUAUUUAUUAAAGCAAUUUUGACACAUCGUGA